AUGGGAAGCCCAACAAGAUACUUCGACAUCUUUGGGCUGAAGCCUUCGUUUUCGUUGGACAAGCACGAUCUGAAAGAAAGAUACUUCGAAAUUAGCAAGAGGGCCCAUCCAGACAAGCCUGGGCAACCUCUUCUGGAGGGCGUGUCAAUAGAAGAAAUAAACAAGGCGUACGAUGUCCUGAGAAACGACCUCACAAGAGCAAGAUACCUGAGUAAUGUAAAGAAGUUCGAUGUCGACAAACAGUUUUUAAUGGGCAUUCUGGACUAUGAGGAGGAAAUCUCAAGUGCAACCAGUGAUGAAGAAAUAAAAAAUAUCAGAGACGAUUUACAAAAGAAAAUCGACCAUUGUAAACGCCAUAUCAGUGGAGAAAGCCUUGCAAAGUGGGGAUACUACGAAAGGUUGAUGAAGAUGCUCAACAAGAAAAAAGAAAAUAAGUGA